AUGCCUCUAACUCCUAUGAAACUUAUCAGGGACGUUGAUACUCCUUUGGGGGCACAACGUAUUUACUGGUCUGUGCUUUCUACGAACAUGUUCGUAGACCAGUCUCACGAGCAUGAAACCCGUGGAGCAAUUCUUUCAUUAAUACUAAGGGAUAGCUUCAUCCUUGAAUUGGCCAACCCAACUAGCCAUCUUGUUUCCACAUUGAUACGGCCAGAUGUUAUCACAAACCUUUCUCUCGCCGCCUUUUCCGGUCAGUAUAACGAGGAAGGUAUAGUAUUCACCACAUCUCAGGAAAAGCAAAUUACUGAUAAGCUACCUGCAAUCUUCAGUGCUAUGCUGAGAAGCAAACCCAUUCGAGAUGCAUAUCUCUCCAGUGCAGAGUUUCAGAGGUACUUUGCUAAUGGUGUGGAAAAGGCGACUAAGAGCCUUAUGCUAGGAUACCAAACAUAUGAAGACCUUCACUCUCAAUUUGAAAUAAUUAAAAGCAUACUUACCACUCUUGCAGAGGUCAGCCCGAAGGAUGGACUUAGCAUUGUUUCGCAUGAUCAAUACUCGCCACUUCUCAACCUUCUCUCCUCAGAUAAGUUUUGUGCCGUUGUUCCGCUCCUACAAGAAGAUGCCUCCGUCCCUCUAACCUUCAUGUAUUCCUUGUUUCGCUAUUUAAGUAAGCUGUUACAGAUGCCCAUUCCCCACAGUGAUCACGUGACAAACAUAUGUACGUCACUUACGUUAUUGUUUAGCAAGUAUCCAGAAGACCUCAACUGCUUCUACGACCAAGUGUUUGAUAUAGCUACGCACAUGGCUCGGCACAUAGCACAGUACAGCCAAUAUGAUACAUUCGUCAUGGAUAUCAUUAACUUAAUAGCAACUUACUUUUCCUUGUCCCUUUCUGCUGAGACUUUACGCUACAAUGAAGAAGACCUGAGAAAAACUGCAACUGUCUAUGAAACAUCUAUCUCUAUCGUUGAUCUUAUUCCCCUGGCCAUACCAGGAAUGUCUGAUGUAAUAAAACUGGUCAUAGCAGAGCUACAUAGUACGUACCAGUGCUGCUCAGGUACCAUAGUUCAGCAGCUUUCCUUUCGACAGGUUUAUUAUAUCCUGGUUCUUGUUGCCAGGUUCUUCUGUUGCUUUGGAGAGUUAAAGGAGGCCAUCCUUCUCGGAGACCUAGUGCAUAGCUAUGUACCAGAAUACGACUCCAUACACGUAAAGGCGAUGGAGAUGUAUAUUGCUUCAGAGAGCAGCCGCGCUGAGAUGAACUCCACAGCAUAUCUUGGUUGUGGAGGUACAUCAGAAUGGCUGUCACCAGAAAAUGCUGCCAAGGUCCUGCGAUACUCUCCUAUAAUGGGUGCAGCAGCUAGCCUCUGUUGUAAGGAACUAUUAGAAUUCAUGUCAGACGUCUCCUCCUCUGCACGCUUCAUCAACUGUAACAUGAUUCUUUGCCCCCUAACGCGUAUACGCAAUUCUAUGUUGGAACUAGGGGCCUAUGACAACUCCCUCUAUUACAUGUGCUUCUAUGAGACAGGAUUGAUCGAUCGUAUGCAGUAUUAUCUUGCAACUUCAAAGCCGAAGACCGUUGGCCAAAGACCCGCCGAAAUUGCUUAUUUAACAUGCACAGUGCACAAAGCAAUGGACUAUUCUAUAGGAACCACCGAUAGAGCAGUCUUUAAGAGUAGGCGAGAGGGGUUUAAUUUAAUGGAGACAUUUUCUUCAAGCGAUCCCAUUCCAUGUGAAAGCAUUUGGGAGUUGAUAAACGACAAGCCUAUUACUCCAACUCAGCUCUACAGCAUUCUUACUCGGGGAGAGCUUUCUGCACUAAUCAGUAGCUACCUGGAGAUGUAUGAUGCAUAUUCCAUCUUUAGUCGUCGAUUUCCAGACAACAGCAUGAUGUUUGAGCUUUCUCUAAGUAGCACGAUAGAAGCAUCCGAUUUGUACACGGCAUCUUCCAUUUUAGCCCCUUCAAUAAAUAUUACUCCAUACGAGAAGACAGGGACACCUAUAUCUAAAAGUGCUAAGAAGUUACGUUCGGGAUCUAACCAGUCCGCCACUCAGUCGUAUCGGAACGAGCUUCCAGAUCCUUCAGAAGAGUUUCUACAAUGCGCUAGACGCAGUCAAACUAGUGUAGCUGAUAACUUGCGUAGAUCCAAGGCCCCGCAACGAAGAGUAACGCCUCCGGGCACCACCGCUUCAAGAUCUCCAGAUGGUUCUAUCUAUUCGCAAUUAGAGCCUGGGACCACCCUGGAUCCCCCAAGAGUUCCUUUAACGAUGGCUAGCAGAGUGUCGAGAGCUAGUGUUAGUCGAGCCAGCAGUAGCUACCAGCGAGCUAGUGUCGUCUCUACAUACUCCCAAUUAUCAAUUGGCAUCAGUGCCACCUUUCCAGUACAUACAGACUCCGAGCGAGGUGUUUCCAGAAGCUCAAGCCGAGCUGUUUGGGUUGCAACCAGUUGGAACGAGAGUAGCAACAUGCUCCCCAUGGAGGCUGGUACAGAAAUAGGAAGGAGAGCAAGUAACAUCAUUCGGGGGUGCUAA